CACUCCCCAAAGUCAGCAGGCAGGGGUGAAGGGUGCCCGAUCCGAGCCCAGGCGCUGCGCCCUCCGCCCUAGCCAGGAGCGAGGGGAGCCGGGGAGGCCGAGCCACCGAGGGGCUGGAUACUCCCCAGGGACGCAUAUUGAGGAGGGCGUUUAGAUGAGGAGGAGGAGCCCCGCCGGCCGCCCAGGCAAGGCAGAGCAAAGCAGAGCGAGGCUGCGGGUCCGCGGCGGCUUUUGAAGGGGAGCUGCGCGCGCCCGGAAACCGGGGCGAAGCUGGUGAUGGCCCGUCCUGCCUGCCCCCUCACCCCACCGGGCUUUCUUCUCCUAGUCCUGCUGCUGCUGCUGGACGGGGCAGCGCUUCCAGUGUCCCUCCGUCCGUCGCGAGAGCGGCCUCUGGGCUAACCGGGGCUCGCGAUUCUUCCGUAGUUGCUGCAGAAUGGCUGCUUCGCUUUGUUUUACUUCUGAUGAAACGGAGGUGGGGGAAGGAAGGGCAGUUCUGACCCGGAAACUGGGGAUUGCGCGGAUCAGUCCGAAGUCUAGAAGCCCUUUCAGUCUCCCGGCACGAGGGCACUCGUCGCGACGUCACUUUAACGCGCCUGAUGCAUCUUGUAAGGGGAGGGCUGAGUGGUGACGCGUUUUACCUGGCGACGGAAGGCGAGAGCGGCGGAGCCAUCGAAAUGUUUGAGGCGGGACGAGGUGAGCGGCGCUGAGCGGCUCGCUGAGGAGGCGGAGAGGCAGGCGCAGGCUGCCGCGAUGACGCCGCCCUUUGGGCACAGCCGAGGGGCAGAGGUGGCCACCCCUCCCUUUCCCCAGCCCAGUUACCUCCUGGCUAGCUUAAAGGCUGACUGUCUGAACAAGCCUUUUGCCCAGAGGUGCCAUGAUCUCGUGACUGUCAUUGAAGAUUUUCCUGCCAAGGAGCUUCAUGCCAUCUUUCCCUGGCUGGUCGAGAGCAUCUUUGGCAGCUUGGAUGGCAUCAUUUUGGGUUGGAACCUUCGUUGUUUACAAGGAAGGACAAAUCCUGUUGAGCACAACAUUGCCCUUGACUUUCUUGAUCCUGGAGGCCCGAUGAUGAAGUUGGUUUACAAGCUCCAAGCUGAGGAGUACAGAUAUGAUUUUCCUGUGUCUUACCUUCCUGGCCCAGUGAAGGCCUCAAUACAAGAACGGAUUUUACCAGAAUGUUCGUUGUACCACAACAAGGUCCAGUUUCCUCCAUCUGGAGGCCUGAGCUUGAACUUGGCCCUGAAUCCCUUUGAAUAUUACAUGUUCUACUUGGCGAUAAGUCUGAUCACAGUGAGGAAUAUCCCCCCGGCCUAUCACAUCAGCAUGUCAAACAGUGCUUACUUCAUCCUGGUGGAUCGGUACUUGAAGUGGUUCCUGCCCACCGAAGGGAGUGUCCUUCCACCCCCUUCCUCUGACGCGGGAGGGGCUGUUCCAUCCGCUGCUCCCAGAUCUCCUGCAAUGACUUUCAGCUCUUAUGGGAUGUAUCCAACAAGCCUUCUGAAGAGGCAUGUUGCUCACCAGACUUCGGUGAAUGCAGACCCUGCCUCCCAGGAGAUCUGGAGGUCGGAAACCUUGCUUCAGGUUUUUGUGGAAAUGUGGCUUCAUCAUUACUCCCUGGACAUGUACCAGAAAAUGCAGUCCCCUCACAUCAAGCUGGAGGUUCUUCACUACCGCCUCAGUCUGUCCAGCACUCACCACAGUAAUCCUGUCCACUCCAGCCGCCAGGCCCUCCAUACAUAUCAAGAGCAGUUCAAGCCAACUGAGGAGCAUGUCCUGGUUAUCCGACUGCUCGUGAAGCACCUCCACGCUUUCAGCAGCAGCCUGAAGCCGGAUCUGGUUUCUCCCUCUGGGCACUCGCACACGGCCAGUCCAUUGGAGGAAUUCAAAAGGAUCGUGAUUCCCCGGUUUGUUCAGCAAAAACUCUACAUUUUUCUGCAGCACUGCUUUGGCCACUGGCCUCUGGACGCCUCUUUCAGAGCUGUUCUAGAGAUGUGGCUAAGCUACCUGCAGCCUUGGAGAUAUGCCCCUGAGAAACCCCUUCAGAGUGCAGACUAUCUGCCUCGCAGCGUGCCAGAGAAAUGGGCUACCUUUGUUCAGGAGAACCUGCUGAUGUACACCAAACUCUUUGUUGGCUUCCUGAAUCGAGCUCUCCGCACAGACUUGGUCAGCCCCAAGAAUGCCUUGAUGGUAUUCAGGGUGGCCAAAGUUUUUGCUCAGCCCAACCUUGCUGAAAUGAUCCAGAAAGGAGAGCAGCUCUUUCUGGAAACGGACCUUGCCCUUCCGCACCGCCAGCACCGUCUCUUUGUGAGUCCCUCCUCUCUUGGCGGGAGCUUCCUGUCAACCCGGACUCCAACAAUCACAGAUGCUUCGUUUAAAGUGAAAAGUCACGUUUACAGCCUUGAAGGACAGGACUUCCAGUACAAGCAGAUGUUUGGGCCAGAAGUCAGGAGUCUGGUGUUACGAUUGGCCCAGCUAAUUGGGCAGGCCCAGCAGACAGCCAAAUCCAUAUCGGACCACUCUGUGGAGGCCAUAACCGGCCGCUCCAUUCUUUCCUGGUUCCGCUUUGGGCCAGCUGACUUGAAUGGCUCCUACACAGGCAAUGACUUGGAUGAAAUUGGACAAGACAGUAUUAAAAAAACAGAUGAAUACUUGGAGAAGGCCCUGGAAUACUUGUGUCAGAUAUUUCGGUUGAAUGAAGCCCAGCUGAGCCAGCUGAUGUGGAAUUGGGGGACGGCUCAAGAUAACAAUGGGAAGCAGCAGCUUCCAGACUGCAUUGAGAGUGAAGACAGGCUGAUUCUCACACCCCUCGGCAGGUACCAGAUCAUCAACGGUCUACGCAGGUUUCAGGUGGAGUACCAGGGAGAUCCUGAGCUUCAGCCCAUCCGAAGUUAUGAAAGCACCACUCUUGUGAGAGUGCUUUUUCGGCUGUCCUCGGCUAUUAAUGAACGAUUUGCAGAUCAAAUGGAGAGACUCUGUGCCAAAGAUAAUUUCCUUGGCAGCUUCUGCCGCUAUCAUCUCACCAACCCCUUUCUUAUGGAGAAGGCCAGGCACAGCCCACUGACCAGGCAGAGGCUGGGCCAGAUUCACCAACCGAGAGUCAGCCUGAGAUUUCUGGCAAGCUACAGGACUCUCCUUUCUUUACUCAUGGCAUACUUCAUUGCCUCAUGGUUCUGCAUCAGUCCAUUGACCUGCACCUUCCUCCUCCUCCUUGGAUACCUUUUCUAUGCUGUAGUCAUGACUUUCUUGACUGAAAAGAGAAAGCCUCACCAACGCUGACGUUUUUGCUUUCAUCCAUAUUGCUAAAUAGAACCCCUCCCCUAAGAUUGGGGGCUUGGAAAAGAGGUUGUGGCUAAAGCAACACAGAACUUUGAUUUGGGCAUCUUACCUCGUGUUUAAAACUUUUAAAUACUUUUAAAUUAAGCGGAACAGAUUUGUGAACAGAAGGUUCUACUUCUCUAACUGUCAAAGCGAUGCUAAUCUGUAAAUUCUGUUUUGAUAUACACCUUUUUUAAAAAAUAAAAAUACAGGUUAUAGGAAAAGCUUUGGUGGGGAGGGAAAUGUUACCUAGGUGGAAUUUGAGGAUGACUCUGAAAGCAGCAGCUCAGAAGAGCAGAGCUUCUGGAUAACAGCAGCUUUUAAGCACGCCACACAGGUGUGCAUGCUGUACUGUCCCUUCCAUUGUAAUGGGGCUUAUAGAGGACAUGUUCAUAACAGGGCUGUCCUUUCACUGAAAACUUGUGCUCAGUUUGGUAAUCAGUUUCACUACCGGUAACUGCCUUCUCUAUGUCCAUUUACUUUGGUCUCAUAAGUUGCGUAAGAACAAUUUGGUAAACAAGCUCUCUUAAGUUUUGGGGCCUCCUGACAUGUUCAAUUCUUAUGGAGAGCUUUGUCUUGAAAGUGGAUCUCUGGAUGUGUUUUUAAAGCACAUUCUGAUGGAAUCAUGCAAAUGCUUUGCUAAACAUCUGGUCACAAUUCGACCCACACUUACUGUACCAUCAACAAUUCUGCUCCAAGUGCAUUGACCACCAUACAUGAUGAAGCAGCAACAAGGUGCAAGAUUAGGAGGUGGGAUGUUGCUGAGCAAUUAGGUUAGCUUUAUUAGGAAGCUGAGGGAGCAGUGAGAAGAGGAAAUAUUAUUUUCACAGAGGUACUGGAGAGCGCUCUGAAUGUAAGUGCCUAGCUCCUGGGUCAGAGCAAAGGCUUGCCUAGUCCAAUAUUGUGCAGGCAGCCCCCGAGUACGACGACGCGCUCCUCACGUGUAACCCGGGCGAGUGGCGGUCAGGCUUGG